AUUCUUACACUUCCACGCACAGUUCAUUUGAGACAAGGGCAAUUUUUAAAAAAGCGCGUUUUAUAUUCACUAGUACAUUUCUUAGUUAUGAAGGAGAUAGGUUUGUAUUAAUGUUGAAUAGCAAAUAUGUUUAUGGUAGAAAGGCAUUUAAUUUUUAUUUUCAUCACUGUUCAAAUUCUUUCUCUUGAACACGUUUAUUUUGAAGCAUGUACCCAUCUUGUGUUUUGCUAGGAUGUUGAAAGUAAGAAAUGCUGGGAACACACAGAGCAAAGCUCAAAAGGUGAGGGUUUCACACUCCUUUUCGAUCCCUUCAAAAUCCAGAAAUGACUGAUUACUUCCUGUAGCACAUUCAACUGAAAUGUGAAAAAAGUAAGAAAUGUUACUAAAGACUAAAUAUUAACACAACUCAGAUGGGUGAGAUGAGAUGGGAAAUCAGCUCAACAUAAAUCAUUUUUACUUUGUGUAUUUACUUAUGUAUUCCUAAUCCUCUUAAGAGGUUUUGAUUCUUAUGGUUGAAUUUGAAACUCACUUGAGGAAUAUUCAUAGAUAGCAAGGAGGAGUAUGAAUUACAGAGAGGCCAUGUCGUAAGAAGGCUGUGACGGUGAGUAGUCUAGACAAGAGCCAGAAUUACAACCAGGAUCCGGGAAAUAAUGGAGGUGCCUUACCAACAAAGGAAGGGCUGUCUCUUGGCCACCUAAAUGUAGGGAGUCUCCAAGGUACUGCCCCAUUCACCUUCAUGGGUUCAUGAAUUACCUUUUUAUGGGUAACUUCGAAGUUUCUCCCUCAGGUCUGUCCUCUUGCCUAAAUGUCAAACUUGUAUUUCUGGGUGCCUGCUGGUUAUUUGCCUUUGCACCUCCGUAUACCAGAUACACUCUGUCUAUACUCUCUACAUAACCUAUCUCAUCUACGUAGUUUCCAAUCAAAAGAUAACCUUCCACCUGUCAUCUCUGUAAAUUCUAUUUAUAAAACCCCCAUUCUUUAUUAAGUGAGCCACACCUGAUUUGUUUGGGGACUUUCAGUCCAUUGAAGGUCCAAGCAACUUUGAAAUAAAUAGAUGGCUCCAAUGUUUCCCAGUAGGCUCAGAGUGGGCCAACUACAUUUCUCCUCAGAGAGUUUUGAUCCUUACAUCAAUUUAUACAAAAGGAUGCAUGUUUCAGCAACCAUAUCCUACCGGAUAUGAUAAAGGAAUAUGAAACUUAUGUGUUUUGGGCCCCUUCACAUGUUGGAGAAGUAAAAGAAUAGUGUCAACAAAAUGACCCUUCUGUAGCAAUAUAGAGGAGGGAGAGGAACACAUAAUACUGAGUAAGUAUUAACAGAUUUCCUUUCAUAUAACUCAGCACAGUGGUGACUACAAUUAGGAGAAAAAAAUAUCACAUGUCUCAUAUAGCAAAGCAAAAUGAAACUAUGACUCCUCUUAUCUCUGGAUAGUCAGGAGUGACAAUGUCCUGUGUUUCUUUUGACAGACCAGGAAGCUAAUUCCAGAGGCACAUUUUUACACACCUAGAGAUGACUUGGAUAAUAAUAUAUUAUAUACAGACUAUAUCUCCCCAACCUAGGAAAUAUCUCUCCACUGAAAAAACAGGAGACGGGGCUUAAUCCGUACAAAAAUUUCUCUAUGUUCCUAAGGGAAACGUGAAAACACAGACACUAUUUUCUCCAAGAUAAGCUCUGUAAAGAAAAGAGGGUGAGGAAAUAACUUCUUUGUUGUGGAUGGGUGGAGAAAGCCAUGUACCUUACACAACGUCUGACUACUGUUACUAACCUAUGGUUUUCUUUCCAAUGCUCACGGCAUUUCCCAGUGCUCCUGUCUGCAUAUUUUCCAAACCCAGAGUCCUUCAAGGCUCUGAAGAGCCCAAAGAAGGCUCAGUGAUCAUUUCGUGUCAUGGACUUCUUUGGAUAUCCCAUGAAGCUUAUAUAUGUACGAUGAAUUCUUAAAUGACGUACAGAGAAUUUAUAAAGGAAAAGAAUUAUAUUAAAAUUCCAGAAUCAAACUUAUCAAAACCCAAAAUUGUUGAAGUGCUCACAUAUGUGUUUCUUUACUAAUACAUUAAAAGUCCCAAGGUUGCCCUCGUGACCAACAAUUACCACAGUGUAGAAGGGGUGAUAUGCUUAAAAGAUAUUGGCAAUACUGACGGCUGCACCUGCCAGUGAGAAGAAUACAUGGCGGGUCCUGCCGGUCACACUGUUUGUUGCCUGUGUGCCUCAGUGGAGACAAUGCCAGGGUUCAGUUGGUCAAUAGCGCAAAUAAAGACGGAACUGUUGUUCUCUGCCAGUUCCUAGAAGUCCUGAAGCCUGCCAUUGUAAUCGAGGCUAAGAGCCCCGCUCUGGAAUUUGUCCCCGUGCACCAGGAAGUCAGAAAACAAGCUUCGAUGAAGCAGGUGCUCCUCACAGAGCCUGGAGGAGAGGCCACAGCUACACAGAGUCAACGGGAACUUCUCAAAAGGAUUAAUGGCAGGUCAAAUGUGUAAGUGUUAUUUGAAGGAGUUGUCAAAAGAACGUUGUAGCAAACCAGGAUGCGCUCUUCGUUUAGGAGCUGCACCCACUUUAGAGGGGUGACUACUGAGGAGAGGAGCGGAGAGCAUUCACAACAACAUAUAAUAAUGUCGAGUGCGUGCUUGCGUGCAGCCUCCAACACUUCCCAUGCAGAAUCUCCUCGAAGCUUCACUGCUCUAGAACUUGGACUUUCUUACCUACUCGCAAAGAACAAGCCGAGCAGACACCGCCCAGGUCAUAGGGAGAGCGUGGCAGCAGGCUGCCUCCAGAGCUUGGCUCCGCGUGUGCGACUGGGGGGAGGACUGGGCUGGGAUGCAGGGACAGUGCCAGCCAGAAGCUGUCCCUAAGGAACCAUACGGUCCGAUCAUAAACUGGAGACUCCCGGCAGGCAGCACAGGGUUCUCGACACUUGCCUCCAGCGAGGCUCGGUGAGGGACGCAGACAUCCAUCGAUCGAGAAGACCAGAAGACACUUGGCAAUAAAGACAUGCUCAGCGCCAAAGCUGACCUCAAGCGUCUCGGGGACGACGGCGAGUAUUCGGUGAGCAUUUCCGGGUUGGUCUGGGAGACGUGAGGGGCAAGCGUGAGGCUUCUGUGUGGAAGGUGUCGGAAGCGUCGCCCGGAGUGCCGGCUGCAAGGCUGCGCGGAGCCGGGAGGGUUCCCGGAAGCCCCUCCGGGCCAGACUCCGGCUCAGGGGCCCCGCCCGGUCGGCGCCGCUCGCAGCCAAGGAGACACGAGCGCUGGGCGGGCCCUGAGUGUGGUUACCGCCCCUGCUCUCGGGGUUUUCAAACAGGUCCGGCACUUUGCUAUAAAAGGGCUGCUUGGCGCCGAGGGGAGUGGUGCUUCCGUAGCAUUGCGGUGGUGUUGUGACGAUGUCUGGUCGCGGCAAAGGCGGGAAGGGCCUGGGCAAGGGGGGCGCGAAGCGCCACCGCAAGGUGCUGCGCGACAACAUCCAGGGCAUCACGAAGCCCGCCAUCCGGCGGCUGGCCCGGCGCGGCGGCGUGAAGCGCAUCUCCGGCCUCAUCUACGAGGAGACCCGCGGGGUGCUCAAGGUGUUCCUGGAGAACGUGAUCCGCGACGCCGUCACCUACACGGAGCACGCCAAACGCAAGACGGUCACGGCCAUGGACGUGGUGUACGCGCUCAAGCGCCAGGGCCGCACCCUCUACGGCUUUGGGGGCUAAGUGUCAUCGUUCACGCUACCGAAAGUAUGCGAUUUUCACCCAAAGGCCCUUUUCAGGGCCACCUA